UGCAAUCUCCAGGCCCCAUUCGCUCCUCACACCAAGCGGCAUGAUGCGACUCGCUUCUAUUCCCAGACUCCCGUUCAGGCCUCCCGCUCCGUCCACUACCCUUGCUAUUAAGAUUGUCACCCGUCUGCAUGGAGAUACAGAGGGACAUGGGCUACUACCUGCAUACUAUAUCCAACGCGGUACAUAUCUUAGUUAUAUGAACUUUUUUCGCUCCAAAUUUCGCCCCAGGCCCCAUGUAAUUUCCCUCCCACUUUCCCCUCUUCCCCUCAACAUCUGUCAUUGCAUCUACCCAUUCCUUUCUCCCUUCCUUCUCUUGCAUCGGUGCUCUGUCAAACGUGGUGCUUGCGCCUUGCGGUCUUCAAACUGGUCGUUCAUCCGAGUAGAGGCUGUUUGUUGCGAUUUGGUUUGCGCCGCCGCCGAUCAUCCGUGUUUCUUAUACUACUAUGGGUCAAGUAGGCCUCGCGCCGUUUCUGGUGCGCUACAUCAAGCUGCUGGCUACAGCUGCCUUUGUCAUACUGGUCUGGACUAUCGUGGACCGCGCUGUUGAAUCUCCCACACACUCAGAGCAUGCUUCACGAUCGCUUCAAGCGGAAAAAUCACAGGCCGAACUUGCUAUUCCACACGAAGAAGCAUCCGAACAAGAGUCAGGACACAAGGAUGCGGACGCUCCAUCGUUGCCCAAUGCCCCAACUCAAUGGACCGAUACAAACUCCACACUAGGUUUUGGAACCAUCCUCGCCGUCUCACAUGCAACAUCAAAGCGCAAGGCUGGGCUCCUGUGGGCUGCCAACAUCACUGGCAUUGACAUUGAAAUCCCCGACCAACCGGUUUGGUCGCAAGGAGAUAUAGAUGCCAUUCGAAUGGGAAAAACCAAAUGGGUGACCAAGGGAACUGCUAUGGCCUGGCUCGGACACUUGAAUGCACUCAGAAAAUUCCUCGCCUCUCCCCACGAAACCGCCCUCAUUCUAGAAGAUGAUGCUGACUGGGACAUCGCCCUACGCACUUCCGAAGUGCCCCUCGCUGCCAGUGCCCUCCGCCACCUCUUCCACACCAACUCCCCCAACCACCAAUACAAAUACGAGCAACAACAAAAUCCUCAACAACCCCAGCAACAAGCCCAUCACAUGCACCACCAACACCACCAUCCCUCUCACCCCUCCCAAUCCCGCAGCAACCUCCUGACCUCCUCCACGGACCCGCACUACUGGGGCGACACUUCAACCUGGGAGAUCCUCCACCUAGGCCACUCAGACAGCGAAUUCUACGACCGCGAAAAUGGCGCAACCCUCGCUCGCAUCCACUCCAAUCCUUCCACCGCCUACCCCGACCCCUCCCUCCCAGACCCCGACCGCAUCAACCCCGCCACAAAAACCCUCCUCUACAGCCUCGCAGUGCCCCUCUCCUCGCGUCUCUGGCACCGCUCCCACUGGCCCCUAGGAUCCUACGCCUACGGCAUCACCCGCGCAGCCGCAACGCGCAUCGUGGAUCUGUACUCGUCCGGCUCCACGGGCAGCGCGUCCGCCGACGCCUUCGACGUCGUGCUGCUUGAGCUCUGUCGCGAUCACGGCUGGAAGUGCUGGACGCUUGAACCGGGCCUCAUCGGCGAGUAUUACACGCCCAGUGAGAUCGCGCUGCAGAACCUCAGUGAGGAGGAGAGGCGCAGGGCUAGAGAGGAAGAGGAGAUCUACGACACGUGGAAUUUGAGGUGUGCGGUCCGGCAGCGCGCGCUCUGGGUUGACGAGGGUGAUGAGGGCGGGAGAGCGGGCAUGAUCGAGAAGGUUGGACGCGGGGAGUGUCCUGUCGAGUAUUAGGGGCUGGGGAAGGCGUUUCUUCUUUCUUCUCUUCUUUUUCUUCCUCCCCUCCUUUUUUGGUGGUGGUGUUGUGAGUAUGAUGUGAUAUCCCUUUCUUUUUUCUUUUUUUCUUCCUCUCCCUCUUUU